AUGGCUAAACCAAAGGUGCUGAAGCCGUAUGUGAAGUCGGCAGUGACGUUGAAAGACAAUUGGAGGAGAUUGAGCGACUUCUCCGAUCUAAAAACACUUAUUUCAUCAGAGAAUUUGGCCCGGCAGACGUCCAGAGGAAUAAAACGACGGUUGAAACGUGAAGAAAAGGCUGGUACCUCAAAUGAAGCCGUCACAGAGGAUGAGAAGAAGGUGGAGGUGGAAAAUAAGGUAAGAUUUUUCUAUUAUGUUACUGUUUUUAGGCAAAUAUUACCUGAUACAUGACCCAUGUAUAAUAUAACCUCGAUUUUAGCCCAAAAUCUUCGUUGGCAUGCGUUCAGCACUACGGCAAUUGAACAACAAUGAGCUGGGAGCUUUUAUUAUCGACAAGUCGGUUGUUGGACCAUCGGCAGUAGCUCAUGUUUUCAAUUUGAUGUCUUUGAAGUAGGUUUUUUUCAUAAAUUUGUUUAUUUUUAGCAAAAAUUGCGACUUCUAUCAAGCCGAAGGAUUGUCAAAGGAGCUCAGUGUGUUGCUGAACAUGCCGAAAGUAUCAGUUAUUGGAAUAGGGAAGGACGAACCGUUGAUUAUUCAGCUCAAGUUGUCAGAACCUAAGGUAAGGUAAUCGACCAAUUUUAUGGGCCUCAAGAAAUUUCUAACUGCCAGAGUAGACUGAAUAAGACGGUUUUAUGCUUUCUGGAUAAUAGCCAACCAAAAUUCCAUUGAAUUUUGUCGAUUUGAACGCCAGAGGAACAGUUGACUCAUUUGGGUCAAAUGUUUUCCUCGGCCGAAAUCCUCGUUUUGCGGGUUCAUUUUAGCAUGAAAGGCUAGUGAGCUAGUAUAACACGAUUUUUAAGCGCUACCCAAUCACAUUUCUUUUCAUUUUGUUUCGCAAAUUGCCUACUACAACAUAAUUUUUCAGGCCGAACCCGAAAAACCACAGCCAAAAUUCGUCAAACCCACAUUCAGACUUCCGGUGGGGAAGAACAAGCCAAAGAAAAAGAAGAAAUAA